CUUUUUGUUUUUCCACAUAGGUCCCAAUGACAGGUCUCAUUCUUAUCCUGUCUUCUCUUCUCUGAAUCCCAUCCAAAUCAGUACUCUGCCUCCGCUGCGAAAACCACUAGUACCGACCAUUCUACCACAUCAAAUCACGAGACGAGACCACGGUAUAAUGAGGUAUUCGUGCAGACAUUGCAGUGUCAAAGCAUGAGUACUGGUUAUCUUUAGCACCUCUUCCUUUUGAAGUUGUUGUUUCUGCAGGGCGAAAGAGAGUUCAAUGAUAGGUUUGCUCCUUCUCUGUGAUUUUGGGCUUUUCUUUGUGAUCCUAUGUGGAAGAAAGAUUUUUCUAUCACUCCAUGUGUCAUGUGGCACGAAUGUAUUGGCAUAAAGUCAAAUGUUCCACUAAACCAAAUGACAAUACUUCACAAAGUCACAAUUCACUAAUGAGAACCAAUAUGAAACAAGACAAUCGGUUGAUUGGUGACAUGAUCAUGUGGUACGUGUGAAGCAAGCUCCUAAUAGAGAGGAGUUGAUUUUUUUGGGACUAAAAUUAGUGAGUCGUGAAAAUAGGCCUUAGUUAUUGGAGGUGAAACAAGACUCCAUCCCGACAUAAGUUAGAGACUUUUGUGUUCAGAACCAUCUGAGAACUAGCUAAAGAUGGACAAACUUCCAAGAGAGAUCAUCAUCAACAUUCUCUCAAGACUACCCAUCAAGCCCUUGGUGCGUUGCAGGUGCCUAUGCAAAUUCUGGCUCAACUUAACCCAUGAUUCUCAACUCAUCACCAUGCACCUCCACCAAUCAUUCAAAAAUGAAGACAGCCUCAGUCUCAUCUUCUUAAGUAACAUCCUUGUCGCCCCCAACCAUUUCCAAACUCGAUUAUCUUUCAUAGACAACAACAACAGCAACAAUGGAGAUCACUACACGUUUGUUGACCUAAACGUGACCUUGCCUCAUUUCGACAACUUCGAAAUCUUAGGUUCUUGCAAUGGUCUACUUUGUUUGUUCGAUCCACUGGCCAAAAUCCCAAGAUACAUUUUCAAUCCUUUCAGUGGGGAGUAUGCAACUUUACCUAAUCCCAUAAGGCCAUCAUCAUCUCCUCCUCCUCGCGACGUUGCAAUUGGAUUCGGACAUCUUCUAGAAAGCAACGUAUACAAGGUAAUAGAGUUAGUUUACUACAGUAGUGCAAUCUUCAAUGGUGAUUCAAGGCCAGAGGCUCAUGUGCUCACUCUCGGUGACUGUUCAUGGAGGAAUAUUGGAAAGGCUCCGUUCUCUUUCAUCCGUGGGUCAAAAGCUUCGCAAGCAUUUGUCAAUGGUGCUCUUCACUGGUUAAGUGAUAUGCCUGGCUUUGAUUGUAUUGUUUCGUUUGAUGUUGGUGAAGAACAGUUUGGAGUGGUUCCACAUCCUGAGUUUGAGUCAGGUCAACUUAACUACAGAUUGGGAGUGUUGAGAGGGUGUCUCUCAGCUGCAAACUACAAUUAUGGAGAGUAUGCUGAGAUGUGGGUGAUGAAUGAGUAUGGUGUGAAGUCAUCUUGGACCAAGUGUUUCAAAGUGAAUUGUAGUGAGGUUGGGUUUAAUAUAGGGUAUGUUCGGCCGCUCGGUCACUGGAGGUCUGGGGAGGUUUGGUUGUUGCAUGGGAGUUCUAGUCUGCUUUGUUAUGAUCCCAGAACCAAAAGUUUGAGGAAGAUUAGUAUAGCUGGGUCACCUCAUGCCUUCCAAGUGGUUACACAUGUUGGAAGUCUGGUUUCACCUCAGAGUCUUUUUGGCGAAGGGUUGCACUUUGGACUGUUUGUUGGAGGAGAUGAAGGAGUACACCAACUUGAAUUUUGAAGCUGUGGCAGAAGAACCAACAAAAUAAUUUACUCCACGAGAUGAAACGACAAAGCACAGGAAAUGCUAAGGAGCAUGAAUAGAUUUAAGAUGGUUUGUAUGGUGUGGAUUUAAAAUUAGUGUAAUGUCGACUCUAUUUAGAAUAACUGUGAUCCAUGAAUGUAUUUUUUUGAAUAUUUU